CUUACUCUUUUAGACCAUCAACAAGACAACAAAUACAAAAAUUCCUGCACUUUUCCGUCUUUCUCAUCCAACUCUUCUUCUUCGUCAUAUACUUACUUUUCCGGCAAAUAAUGGGUCCCACAAAUGGCGGAAUCGUCGAAACACCGACACUCGAUAUCGAAACCCCCGGAAUCCUCCAGCGCGUGUCCGAGGAAGGCGGCGGUUACACCUUCGCACGCAUGGCGGCGGCGGCACGUGACGGAGACGCACGUGCAGCGGAGGUGGCGCGUGAGAUGGCGUGGGAGCAGCUUCACUGUGGACCAUGGCACUCUGUGUUGCCCAUUUGGAGGGAUGCUUAUUCAAUGGCGUGCUUACACGUGGCGAAACACCAUUUCGCCGGAGGUGACUUCUCGGAGACGAUUAGGGUUUUGGAUUUGGGGUUGAUUAUGGGUGGGACCCUUUUGAGGGUUGACUUGGAAAAUGCUGUUGAUAAAGUUAUGGCGGUUUUGGAGGAGAGAGAGAAUGGGAGUAACAAUGGUGAAGGGAGUGAUAAUGGUGGUGGGUUGUUGUUUUCUUCUGCUGAUUUUAAUGAAGCUGAGGUUCUCAGGUCAUUGCCUGCAAAUUCACUGUCUUCGAAGCUUGUUGCAAGACGCUCUGGGUUGUCAUUGGAAGGGUUCCUUCGUGACUAUUUUCUAAUGGGUUUGCCUGUUAUAAUCAGUGACUCGAUGUCCCAUUGGCCCGCUAGAGCUAGGUGGAACAACAUGGAAUAUUUGAAAAGAGUGGCCGGUGGCCGAACAGUACCUGUUGAGGUUGGAAAGAACUACCUAUGUUCCGAGUGGAAGCAAGAGCUUAUCACGUUUUCCCAAUUUCUGGAACGAAUUCAAUCUGGCAGCACUUGUGCAGCUCCUACAUACCUAGCGCAGCAUCCUUUGUUUGAGCAGAUAAAAGAGCUUAGGAAGGACAUUCUUGUUCCGGACUAUUGUUAUGCUGGUGGCGGCGAGCUGAGGUCAAUUAAUGCUUGGUUUGGUCCUGCUGGAACUGUAACUCCGUUGCACCAUGAUCCACACCAUAAUUUACUUGCUCAGGUUGUUGGCAAGAAGUAUGUAAGACUCUAUGCAGCCUCUCUGUCCGAGGAACUUUAUCCGCAUUCUGAAACCAUGCUACGCAAUUCCAGCCAGAUUGAUUUAGAUGACAUAGAUGACAAUGCAUUUCCGAAAGUGAGGGACUUGGAGUUCAUGGACUGCAUUUUAGAUGAAGGUGAUAUGCUAUACAUUCCUCCUAAGUGGUGGCACUACGUGCGAUCUCUCACACCCAGCUUAUCAGUUAGUUUUUGGUGGAGCAACCCUGAAGGUUCACCCUGAGUUGGCAGUAUCCUAUUUGCUUAGAUCGCGGAAAUUUUAUUUCAAAAAAUUGAUAGAAUUAGGGUGAUAACAUAGACACUCGCAUUUGCUACGAUGCCAUUUUGAUGUAUAUAGACAUUCAAAUGAUGAAUGAUUGAAGCGUUUGGUCAGUCCGAACCUCUGAACUCGUGCAUUGUGAAAUGUAAUUGAAUGCUUUCAAGCAUCUCCUAGAUAUUUUGUCAAAUAAACUUCAUUAGUCAGUCCUGCUCUUA